CUUUAAAAAGUUUGAAAUCAAAACCAAUAAAUAUGACUUUCCUACAUAUAGCCAAAAACGAAUUGUCCAAAUAAGUCGUGGUGCUGUCGGAGCCAGUAUGGAGUACUAACUUGUGACCACCUCAUGUUUUAAAAUAAAACGUCUUAAAUCAUCAUAAAUAUUUGGAAGAUGUGCUGUUUAGCACAAUACAUUACCUUUCACCAUUAUAUUUAGGAGAGUUUUAUGCCCUUAUAGUCUGUAGUUUUAGUGAAUUGAGUCUGGAGAUGCUUUUGUUUUUUUAUCUUCACAAUUUCCCAACUUAUUUUAACAAGUGAAAAGACAUGAAUCCGUUUGAUGCCUUUUUGGGGGGUAAAGAAUUAUGGCACAUUAGAAAAGUUUGGAUUAUUACCUUUGUCAAAACACAAUGACUAUCUUUGGGGAAAUCAUUUAUUUUUUUGAAAUGGUUUUCACCGCUAAGUAAACUAUCAAGCACCAUACAGGUUGGAUGAUUUAGUACUGGAUAAAAAUACUGAUACACGAAUGAAUAGCUUUCUCAACUACAUUUGUAGACUUUCAAGACUUGAGUCAAAAUCAACUGGAAAGCGUGUGUAGUUAAAAUUAUAGCUGUGGCACAAUGAGAAACAGGUGUGCAGUGAGAAUUUAUUCAAUUUCAGUUAUCGGUAAUUGUUCUUAAAAAAUAUAUUUACUGCCAAUGAAUACUUCCGUUUGCUGGUGACGUAUAUUGGCAGGUUUCCAUUGAUUGAACAGAAUAUCUCAGCUUUCACACGAAGUAAAUUGAGAUUAUUUCUUUCUACUGUAUACAUAAAGACUUGUGUGCCCAUUUUGUUUGGUGGUGUGCCGUGUGAUUUUUCUUGACACUCGGUAAUGUCCACCUCAGGACAUCCGGGGCGAGCACACCACAGUCCAUUCACUGGACAUCUUUACUCCGCUUCUCAUUCGCUCCCAGCUGCCCAAACCCUCCCACAGUUGAGUAUUUUUGCGCUGCCGGUGACAUCACGAUUAAAAAAAAACUACAAAUAAAAGUUCAGUUCCUGGACGGUUUGUCGGCUUCUCUCUGCUUAACGGACAAGCCUCGCACUCCAGUGACGUCACUUCAGCUCCUCUUGAAUCAUACUCGGCGACAUUGGGACGCGAACGUGUGGCCGACGCGUCGUUUGUAGCUCCACCAGCCGCGGCGGGCUCUCGGGCAGACAAAGCACAGCGUGGACCUCACUGCGAGGAAGGGGGUGUUGGUGGAGAACAGGACCGAUUUACGUUGGGCGUGGUAGACGAAAGGAAAAGUCGUCUUUGCUUCCAGCUAAAGUUAAAAGAAAGUAGCGGUAGCCAUGUCACUGUCGGUACCGCAAAACGGCGUAAAGGGGGACAACGAGCCUGUUAUCGAGCUGUUUGUCAAGGCAGGAAGCGAUGGGGAGAGCAUUGGAAACUGUCCCUUCUCCCAACGGCUCUUCAUGAUCCUGUGGCUUAAAGGCGUUGUCUUCAACGUCACGACCGUGGACCUCAAGAGGAAGCCUGCAGAUCUGCAGAACCUUGCCCCAGGUACCCAUCCUCCCUUUGUCACCUUCAACGGCGAGGUCAAAACAGACGUCAACAAGAUCGAGGAGUUUCUUGAGGACGUCCUUUGCCCGCCCAAGUACCUCAAACUUGGCGCGAGACACCCUGAGUCAAACACAGCUGGUAUGGAUAUCUUUGCCAGGUUUUCAGCCUUCAUUAAGAACUCAAAACCAGAUGCAAAUGAAGCUCUGGAGCGCGGGCUGCUGAAGACCCUGCAGAAGCUGGAUGAAUAUCUCCGCUCACCUUUGCCUGAUGAGAUUGAUCACAACAGCAUGGAGGACGUGAAAGUUUCCACCCGCAAAUUCUUGGAUGGAGAACAAAUGACCCUGGCUGACUGCAAUUUGCUGCCAAAGCUGCAUAUUGUCAAGGUGGUGGCCAAGAAAUACCGAGGUUUUGACAUCCCCAAGGAGAUGACUGCCAUUUGGAAGUACCUGAACAACGCCUACACGCGUGAAGAGUUCACCAACACCUGCCCCAGUGACAAGGAGAUCGAGAUCGCAUACGCAGAUGUAGCCAAGAGGCUCGUCAAAUAAGCUCGCGUCUCGAACCCCGCUCCCCCGGUACCGCUACACGCCCGCUGCGCAGCACAUGGACUGAAGUGCUAACACAUGAGAAAGAAUAACUCGACAUAUCUUCCCCCCUUUCCCAACUCAUCAAUGUGUCAGUAGUUCAUUCAGCAAAUGUCUCAGUUUAACAUGAAGCGCUUUUUGUUUUUUUGCUUUUCUGAGCAAUUGUGAGGCACUACCACAGUGAAGCAGCCAGCCCAUUGUUAUCAGUGCUUACUGAAUUCAGGAUCCCGUUCACGCUUUGAUAAGUGACCUUCAAAGUGACCUUCUCUCUGUAUGCAGAGGAAAGGCACCGUUUGAUUGUUUGGUUGCAAAACCAUCAUAAAAUGAACUCUGAGAAGCAUUUUUUUCCCAGUCUUUUGGCUUGUGAACAGUGUUUAGUCUUUCAGUGUUUUUGACACUAAUCCAAACAUGUGUAAUCUAAUUGAUCUGCUAAAUCAGGUCUUAUAAUUCCAGGUAGAGAGAGCUGGUAUCCAAAUAGGUGAAUUAUUAUUAUUAUUAUUUUUUUUUAUCUCUGCAGGCAAAACCUCUCAGGAACAGUAAGAACCUGAGGGCUAACGUUUCCAUGCAGAUAUGUAGCUUAGAAAAUAGAUGUCCACUCAUGCCUUGUAUGAUUCACCACAUUGCCACAUACAGAAAAUGUCCACCGAAACAGCAACACCAAAAAGCAGCUAACCUCCGUUAGCAGGUUUCUGAAGCAAAGCGUUCGGCUGGAGUAGCAGUGCGGCUGACAGAAAAGGGGCACGUUAUUCUUUUCCAACUGUGGGAGAUGGCUCCCGUCACGCAAACAACUGAAGUAGAAAAGGUGUUAAGACGGCAACCUGCGGUCAAGGUGACAAACUAUUUACGAUGCAAAACGAAUCAAUCAGAAUGGCAUCAAAACAUCUUCAGUCAGUUUAUUAAUCUUGAAGUAGUGAAUGUAUUGAUGAUCACAGUAGCUCAAAAAGUGCUUUAGCGUAUAGUACGGAAAAGCAAAACAUGAUUUUCUCCCACAUUUUCCACAUUUUUGUUAGGAGACAAAUUUGCUUAAAGGAAUUGUAAAUAUUGUUUGAUUGCUCAAGUUUCACUAUGUACAUUUUAUACAUUACAUGGUCACAUUUUGAAGAAACCGACCAUUCCUGCCCACUCAGAUUUGCAUUUUAGAUCAGCUUCCAUUUCUUUGCCUUACUUGUUGUCUUUGCAGAAUCAUUUUAAUUCAAUGUCUGCCGUUGCAUCAAAAGGCAUCAAAGUUGUGCUCUGUUUUGUUUUUGUUUUUAUUUUUUCCAUUACCAAAUUUAAAUAAACUUAUUGGCAGUGUUUGA